GUGGGUCCGGAGAGCGGGGCGGAAGUGUGUCCGUCGGGCUCAGGGUACCGCCGGGUGCAGGGCAGAAGUUGGAGGAGGAGAUGGCGGCCAUGAGGAUCCUGGUGGGAGUCAAGAGGGUGAUCGACUACGCGGUGAAGAUCCGCGUGAAGCCAGAUCACACCGGUGUGGUGACUGACGGGGUGAAACAUUCCAUGAACCCUUUCUGUGAAAUCGCUGUGGAAGAGGCAGUCCGGCUGAAAGAGAAGAAACACGCCCAGGAGGUGAUUGCGGUGAGCUGUGGCCCCCAGCAGUGUCAGGAGACGAUUCGCACGGCCCUGGCCAUGGGGGCUGACCGGGGCAUUCACGUGGAGGUAACGGGGAAAGACUAUGAUACUCUGGGCCCUCUGCAAGUCUCCAAAAUCCUGGCAGCUCUCGCCAAGCAGGAGAAGGUGGACCUCAUUCUCCUGGGCAAGCAGGCUAUCGAUGGGGACUGGAAUCAAACCGGACAGAUGACCGCUGCGCUCCUGGACUGGCCCCAGAAGACCCAGAACGGAUCCUUGUGUACACCACUUGUAACUGAGCAUUAA